AAACGCAUCCCGUAUAUUGUCAAGUUUGCAUAGUGCUUCUAUCUCGCUUGAACAAUGUCUCGCUCCGACUUCACUCCCGGUAUGGAGCAUGUCAACGUCGCUUUUAGCGACAGCGAAGGGGAUGUCACAACUCUGAAACAACGCCAGAUCGACACCAACAAAAGCGAUGUGUAUGGAGUAUGUUGUGCCUCGUCCGGACACGUCCCCACCCAGACCCCCGUGGGGGAGGAGGAUGACAACGCCCAUGUGAAGGCUUUGGGGCUGGAAUACGGGGUGGAUGAUGUGCCCCCACCCCACUUGUGCCUUGUGUUCGGUCUACAGCAAGUGCUACUGAGCAUCAGUUCCACCAUCUCCAUCCCCCUCGUGGUGUCCGGCAACAUCUGCGCCGGCGACAUGGAGCUGGUCAAGUCGGAGAUCAUGUCCACCUUCCUCGUGAUGUGUGGCACGUGUACCAUCCUGCAGUGUGUCAUCGGUGUGAGACUUCCAAUAAUUCAAGGAGGAUGUCACAAAUUCCUGCCCGCUAUUGCUGCUCUCAUGGCCCUUGAACGAUGGCAGUGCCCGGAUCUAGGGACAGAUGGGCAAGUAUUGAACGAUGAUGGAUCCAACUCGUCGCUGACUAGAACUGAUGUUUGGCAAAUGCGAAUGCGAGAGAUUCAGGGCGGUAUUAUGCUUGCCUCACUCGUGCAAGUUUUCGUUGGCUGCACGGGGUUCCUAGGGAUUUUGCUACAGUUCCUUGGACCAAUCACAAUCGUCCCUACCAUUAGUCUCGUCGGGCUGUCUCUGACUGGUGUUGCUCUGAACUUCUGCCAGAAACACUGGGGGAUAACGGCAUUAACAGUAGGCCUAGUUUUCCUCUUCGCCCUCUACAUGAGGAACAUCCGGGUCCCGUUUCCAGCCUACACACGUGUCAAGGGAUGUCACAUGACCAGAUACCCCAUAUUCAAACUCUUGCCAGUAUUUCUAGCAGUGGUGAUAGCUUGGUCAUUCUGCGCCAUACUCACCGUAACCAACGUCUUCCCGACGGAGGGAGAUGCCAGAUUUGCCAGAACGGACGUAAAGCUAUCCGUGGUGGACAGUGCAAACUGGCUGUUUUUCCCAUAUCCAGGGCAAUGGGGUUUGCCUACAAUAACAAUUGCAAGCUUCAUGGCGAUGUUGGCAGCCACCAUCACCUCCAUCAUUGAGUCUGUUGGUGAUUACUACGCAUGCGCACGAAUCUCGGGUGCAGCACAACCGCCUGCGCAUGCGAUUAACCGCGGUAUUGCAAUCGAAGGAUUUGGAAGUCUUAUUUCCGGUGCAGUUGGAUCAGGCGGCGCAACGACAUCCUAUAGCCAGAAUGUUGGGGCUAUAGGGUUUACAAAGGUUGCUAGCAGGGCAGCAUUUAUCACAGCGGGAGUCAUCUUCCUCUUUUCGGGACUGAUUGGCAAGGUUGGGGCGGUGCUGACGAUGAUGCCGGACCCAGUCCUCGGAGGAAUCGUUGUCAUUAGUUUCGGCAUGGUGACGGCAGUUGGCUUGUCAACGUUGUCCUAUAUUGACCUGUCAUCUGGGCGCAAUCUGUGCAUCAUCGGAUCGUCUUUACUUAUUGGCUUGAUGGUUCCCCAGUACUUCAGUAAAAACCCACAAGCUAUAAACACAGGGAACGAGGACUUGGAUCAGGUUCUUACAGUUCUGCUGAGGACAUCUAUGUUUGUGGGUGGGAUGCUCGCCUUCUUCCUGGACAACACUGUGCCUGGCACGGAUGAGGAGAGGGGCAUCCUACAAUGGCGGAAACAAGCAGACCCCAGUUCUGCCAACGGCGAUCACACCAGCAUAUACGAUAUUCCCAUCAUCACACCUCUGUUGAGGAAAUGUCGAUGUUCGCGUUACGUCCCCUUCUUGCCGACGUUUAACUUCCGAGUUGGCUCUCCUGUGAAGUACUUGAUGAAGAAACUGCGGCGAAACAAAGGGCAGAUGGCCGACACAAGACAAGAUACGAAGUUAUAAUUUGCGAUAUCCAUACGUAUACUGUCGCCAUUAUUCCUGUAAACUCGAAAACAGACGACAUACCUUAUAUUUUUGUUUGUUUGUUAUAAAUAUGCAAUUUAUAUGCUAUCAUAUGCACGUAUCAGUUUUAACAAAUGUUUUCACAAAUUUGGAUCAUUGUAUUGUCUCCACGAUCUAGUGCGUUGCCUUUCUCCAUAAUUAAUUUGUUGUUUAACGACACACUCAGUAAUAAUACAGCUACAUGGCUGCUUCCAGUAGAUAAUCGAGUCUGAACCAGUAAAUCCAGUGAUCGAUAUUGUGAGCAAAGAUCCAUGCCGUCGGGGUACGAUGACACGCAAUCAAACAAGUCAUCGAACCAGACCAUCCGAUCCAUUCGUCCGACCCUAACGACCAGCACAGCUUCCUAAACUUGUGGUAUGUUUUCAACAAUACGCUGGGGCACGGGCGGACCAGUUGUAUAAGACGCCGCAAUUCGCUGUGUAGAGUUGCGUCCCCUGGGAUCGCCAGAUUGUGGGUUCGAAUCCCGGUUGCCCCGAUUAUGUUUGUAGGUUUGUAAGCACCAUACCCGUACUAGUGGGGUUCACCA